AUGCAAACACAUAAUGUGUAUAAAGCUUUUGGUCAACAAGAUGAAGCAGAAUAUAUUGAUGAUUUUAGUACUCUUAUAAAAGAUUCUUAUUCAGCACCACUACCUCAAGAUUUAGCAGCUACAUGUAAGAAUCAAAAUCAAGUGACAGUAUCAACAUCUAAAUCAAUAACAAGUUCAAUUUUAUCAUCUGAUUUACAAAUAUUUUGUGGUACUGAUACUAUAUGUAUCAUACCAACUGGUUUUACAGUUACAAUGAAUAGCAAUUUAAAUGUUGCAGCGCUGAUUGUAAGUGGUUCGUUAAUUUGGAAUGACGCUAGUCAAUCUUCAAAUAAUCAAUGGUUGUGUGCUGGUUAUAUUGCUGUUGAUGGAGGUCAAUUGGAUAUGAAUUUAAGUAGUAAACAAGGUUAUAUUUACAUUAAAAAUAAUGGUCUCAAACAUCCAGCAAUUUAUACUCGUGCAUUUGCUGCCUUGAAUACCGGUAAAAUAUAUGUUAGUGGUCGAUCUCUUGCUAGAACAUGGUCUUUACUAGCUAAUAAAGCGACAUAUGGUAUGAAUUCAAUUAGUCUCUUACACAAACCUAAGGAUAUGGGUUGGAGAGUGGGUGAUAGAAUUGUUAUAGCUCCGACUGCAACAAGUUCAAGUGGAAAUGCUGAAGAUUAUACAAUUGGAGGAUUCGAAGAUAAUAAUACUAUUUAUUUGCUUAAUAAAGAUGGAACUUCUACUGGUUCUAUCUCAUCAUAUUUUAGAUCACAAACUGUAUUUACAGGUGCAAAUAUGUCUGCUCUUAUGCAAGCUGAAGUCAUCAAUCUUGCUCGUAAUAUUAUCAUUACUGGAGAUGAUUUUCAACAUGUUAAUUGUGUAAAUGAUGUAGCUAAUGGUAGACCACCUGAUCAUAUUCAAGCCGAUCAUUGUUCAUGUUGGAGCAGUAUUCAACGAACUAAAUGUACACUUGGAUUACAUACAGCUGCAGUUGGACCUGGAUCUGUUCUAUCUUUACAAUAUACAAGAAUUGAAAAAUGUGGUCAACGUGGUAUUUUAGGAAAAUACUGUGUACAUUUACAUUUAGUUCGAAAAUGCCCGGAUUGUAAAAUUAUUGGUAAUGCUUUUGAAUAUGGUCAUCAACGAGGUACAGCAAUUCAUGGAACACAUUUAACAACUGUAGAGAAUAAUGUUUACAAUGAUAUUCGUGGUGCAACAAUAUAUAUUGAAGAUGGAAAUGAAAUGUAUAAUAGAAUAUUUCAUAAUGUUGCAAUAUGUCCUUGGGCAAAAUCUGGAGAAAAAAGAGGAUGUACUAUACCAGGUACCGACAAUGGUCAAGCGGAUGGGACAUUAAAUCAAGCUGGUUUAUGGGGUUUGAGUUUUACUAAUUAUGCUAUUGGAAAUCGUUUUGCUAAUAAUUAUAAUGGUAUGUUGUAUCAAGAACAAGGAUUUGGUCGUGGUCGGGGUCAUGUCAAUGGUUUAGAAUGUCCUAGUUUUCAACAAAUUGGAAGAUUAGAAGGAAAUACUUUUCAUGGCUGUGGACGAUUCGGUACAUAUGUACUUGCAACUGUAUUUCCAAAAAGAACUGAUAGAUCAAUUGAUAAAAAUGGUCUACCAACUUUAACGACAUGUCAAGAAUGGACGGCAAAUGGUGAAGAUAAUGGAUUACCAUCAACAUUUAUGCAUAAUAUAGAUUAUGAUAAUAUAUUUGUUGGUCAAUAUGGUGCCGGUGAUUUACAAUAUCGAUAUCAUACAAGUAUUAAUAAUAAUAAUUUAAUUUAUUGGAAAGAAACAAAAAAUUUUCAAGAUGGUUGCUCGGCUCAUAUUGCUGAUUCAUUUUAUGAUUCAGGUAAUUUAGCGUUACCUGGUGGUCAUGGAGCGUUUAUUUUGGAAAAUAUGAUUUUCAAUAAUCGUGUUCAUUUUGAAUCAAGUCAUCAUUGUCGUGUUGGAGUAACUGGCGUACUUUGUAUGCCAACGUAUGUGUUUGUUAAUAUGAAAUGGACAGGUGUUGUACCGGAUGAUUCAUCACUUUUAAAGUGGGGACCAAACAAUGGAGCUAUGUUUACACUUGGGCCUGAUGAUGAACAAAAUUUGAAUGGAAAUAAAUUAUUUCCAGCUGGAUUUAAUUCGAUAGUUAAUCCAUUUUGGUCUUAUCUUUUAGCGUUGGAUAAUGGUACAUCUUGUUUUAGUUCUAAUGAUGUUGCUACUCUUUUAGGUCAAGAUUCGUCUAGCUUUGCAAAAAAAUAUAACGGUGGAGCUAUUUUUUGUAAGAGACCUGUUCGUCGACUUGAGAUAUUCUCAUAUAAUCAAAAUUCUGGAAACCAUGAAAAUAUGCAAUUAGAACUUUGGCAAUUUGGUAAUCGUAUAAGUUCAGUAACUUUGAAUUUUUUUCAAAUUGGAGACAAGAAACAAGGUUAUAGUGCUACUGUUAUUCCUGGUUUGGAUCAUCAAUAUCGAUUGUCAAUGACUGAUGGAGGUAAUGUAUCUCCUGAUUGGAUUAUUGAAUUUUCUGACCCAAUUUUUGGAAAUCGAUGGAAGAGAGAUGAGAUUGAUCUUGUUGUUGCUGGUAGAAACUGCCCAUAUCCAGUUCAUUCUCAGCAUGAUCGAAGAUAUAUUUGGUCUGGAAAUAAUUAUCUUAAAGUUAAAGGAAGAGGGGCUUGUACAUCUUUCCCUGAUAUGUCACCUGUUAACUGUAAAUCGCAACCAAAAUUAACUAAUGUUGAACAUUGUCCUGAUCAAUGUCCAACUGGUUGUAGAAAUGGAUAUUGUGAUUGUGCAACAGGAGAAUGUUUGUGCAAUCCUGGAUUUUCUGGUGUAAAUUGUAGUAUUGAUACGUGUGGUGCUGCUGGAUGCGUCAAUGGUAAUUGUGCUGCUCAAUAUCUUGGACGAGAUUUACCUGUUACAAAUAAACCAUGUGUUUGUAUCGACGGUUGGUAUGGUGAUAGAUGUGAUACAACAACGCCGCCACUUCCAGUUUCAGAUCCAGCACCCAUGUGCUUUAAUGGAUGUUAUUAUUAUACAGAUACUAGUAUUGGUGGUGGACAAAUUCAGACUAUUCAAACAUCAGAUCCAACAGCUUGCUGUGCUGCUUGCAAUCGGAAUGCAGCUUGUAAUGCAUGGGUUUUUUCGGCUUAUCAAUGCUAUUUAAAAACAGGAAUACAACUAAUUCAGAAAACUGGAGUUACAUCAGGAAUUAAAUGUUUAACUGGAACAAAUUCUAGUACAAUCGCACCUGCAACAGUAGCAUCUUCUACUACAGUAGCACCUUCUACAGUCAGACCAUCUGUAACAACCAACUGUGAUGGUAAAUGCAAAGGUAAAUAUCCAUAUGGUUGUAAUGCUAGUCUUCAAACUGGUUAUUGUAAUGCAGGAGGCGGAUGUACUUAUUCUAUUAACACUAAUCCAAGCUGGUGUUGUUUCAAAGGUUGUUGA